AUGUCGAAUGCUUUUCGCGCUGACUCAAUCCCCGAGCACGAUCCGGUGUCCCCGCCUCCCCAUACAGACUCUCCCAUCCACAAUUUUACUCCAACCAACAUUUCUGACAUUUUCUCGCAACCUACAUUCAGAGUUGGCGACCUCCUCCAUUGGUUGGCCAAUACCAUCGUGUCGCGUCUUCCUGAGCCAAAACCAGGGAGGGACGACCCCACUCCCCCUUCUAGUCACACUCAAGUACAUCCUUAUGAUUCUCGGCAAUUCAAAACACCUAAUCUCCACCUGACGCGCAAGGUGCUGGACUCAACGAUCACAUGGACAACUCACUAUCGUCUCAGAGGUUCCAUGGAGAACUUUCGAGUGAGGCGCAUCGAGGAAUACGACGAGGCAGUGUUCACCACCAUGAUAGUGGGCCCGCUGAUUUGGGCCUUUUUUGAAAUGUUCGAAAUAGUAGCAGGGCUCUCCCCAGGAUGGCACGUUGCUCCGCCAUUGAGCAAGUAUGGUCCUGGCGGCUACAAGCUCGAGCUCGAUGUCCUCUUGCAGAACGAAGGCGGCACGGUGACCGCCGUCGAGAUGAAGACACCAAAGUCCUGCAACGAGCCAAGUAUCAAGGCGUUGCCCUACAUUAAGCCCGCUCGUAUGGGCAAAACUGCCAAGGCCAUUCACGACCAGGUUGGAAAACAAGGGAAGUAUAUCAAGGCACUUCACCCGGACAAGGCCUUCGUACUCCACGGAUUGUCGGUAGCUCCUGCGCACUUGAUCCCCCUUGCUUCAAAUGGAAGUGAUUGCUUCGCAGUUGGUUCGGACGUUAUGAGUGUCAAUAGCUCCUUCCCAACCGCCGUUCGACACCCAAAGAACUGGCUUGAUUACAUCGACAAACUCGCCGCCUUCACUCUGGCAAUGGUAUGUCAGUACGAUGAGGAGGCAGCCAAAGAGGUUGGCAGCCGCUUCCCGGAGCAGAGAAAGCAUAUCGAUGAGCUUUAUGUGGCUGCCGAUGGUGCUCUUGCUCCCGCUCCUGCUUCUGGCUCAGAGACUGCAGUGGUUCCGUGCGAUCAGCAGCCUCAAGCCGAUGCGAUCUGGCUCUCUCUUGGGCUGAAACUUCCAGAAGUGUCCUCCGUCCACGAGUCUCAUGAGAACAUUGUCUACGUACAUUCUCGCUGGGGUAUCAGACUCGUCAUCAAAGUCUUCGGCGAGGAAUCAUCAUACGCGAAAGAACUGCUCUGUUAUCAACGUCUGGAGAAGCUCCAAGGGAAGGGAAUUCCCGUUCUCUACGCCACCGGCACCGUGAAUGCACGCCCAUGCCUCGUGUUGUCAUACGAAGGCGAGAGACUCCGCGAAGGUCCCACGGAAGAACAGAAAGCCACUCUUUACCCGGUUGUAAAGGCAAUGCACGAUCUAGAUAUCCACCACCACGACCUCCAUCGGCGGAACGUCGUCCAAGAUUCGAGCGGAAAGCUCACCCUUAUCGACUUUGGCCUCUCGGAACCCUGUACUAGGAAGGGUUGCGACGAUGAGUGGCAAGUGGAUGAAUGGUACUGA